GUGACGUGGCGUGCUGUGAGGCGUCGGAUCGUGGGAAGAAAACCACGAUCCGCGCCUCACCGCAUCUAACGGCCACGGUGAAAGCACACUGGCGCGGAUCGCUGACGCAAACAAACACGGGGUAUUCACCGUGUUUGUCUAACGCGGUGAAUACCCCGUGUCUGUCCACGUCAGCGACUUCACCGUGGCCUACAAUAACGGUGAAUUCCUCACCGUUUUUGAUUAAAACGGUGAUUUCUUCACCGUUUCAUUUUAAAACGGUGAAGGCAUCACCGUUUUAUUUAAAAACGGUGAAAUGUUCACCGUGUUUAUUAAACGCGGUGAUAACCUUCACCGCCUUUGUCUAAAACGGUGAUGCUCAAACAUGUGUACUUUUGGAAAUUUUUUUAUAACUUAUGUAUUUUGGGAAUUUUUUUUAAUAACUACUGUACAGUGGGAUUUUUUCCCUUUUUGGAGGCCCCACCACAAUCACUCAAUAUUGAUGGAUUUACAAUAUCUACUUUUUGUUGAGAUUCUUCACAAACACUCAAUAUUAACUUUUUUAUAUUUGGAACAAAAACACAAUCUGAACCUCCAAAAAAGAUAUUUACCUAAUACAUCAAUUAAUUCAAUCCAUCAAAUGAUAAUACACUAAUUGUCCUAAUACAUCAAUUUGAAGAAUCACAACUUCCAAACAACCUCUAAACCUUAAGUUGUUAGUAUGCAACAAAAUCAAUACUGGUAUCGGUGCACUGCAACAACUAAUAAUACCCUGCCUCUUUUGGUUCGUCCAUGCACUUCACCCGGUUAGUCGAACUAACCGGUAUAAACCGGUUAUUCUCCUAUUUUCUUUGAUCGGCCAAUUAAACUAACCCGUUCGAAUCAAAAUUCAAAACCCUAAUCUAUUUUCUGACUAUCUCUUGUCCAUUCGACUCUUUCUUUCCUGCUCUGCCUUCCAAUCAUCGAUUCCAUCUUCCUGCCUGCGAUUCCCCUCUCCGGCGACCACGGCAGCUCUCCUCUCAGUCGUGCCGGCCUCCGCCUAUCACCGCCGUCUCCUUGUUCGCUUCCUCCACUGCUUCUUGCAAGAGUAAUUGGCUGCCCUCUCUUUCCCUAAUUGUCGCUUGCGCUUUGUUUGGCGGAAUGAAAUGGUUUAUUCUGGUAGUUUACCUCGAUGUAUAUAUCCUUCUUCUGCAUCCGGAUUGGCUUCAUUCGUCUCCUCCCUCAUUCCGCCGCUCCCGUCUAGGGUUUUAGCUUCACUGCUGCUCCAGCUCACUCUCACUCGUUCGCUGGGUUUACGUUUCAGGUCACCCGGGGAAUAGCCCUUGCAGUUCCACCAGUGGGUCGCAGAGAUGGCUGCAAGUUUCGUUUCCAAGUUCUCUCGCGUGGGGCGAUCUCUGUUGGGGGGACUAAGCAACAAAAUUUCAUCUGUAGCAGCCAGCAGCACAUCACCUGAACUCACUUCCAGCAGCAAUGCACUGUACCAGCAACAUAGGACGUUCAUUCAAAUGAGGACGGUUCUCAAAGUUGCAGACAACUCGGGUGCCAAAAAGGUGAUGUGUAUACAAGCGCUGAAGGGGAGGAAAGGUGCGAGGCUGGGGGACACAAUCGUGGCUUCGGUGAAAGAAGCAAUGCCGAAUGGCAAGGUGAAGAAGGGGAAGGUUGUGUAUGGAGUUGUUGUGCGGGCUGCCAUGCAGAAGGGGAGGUGUGAUGGAAGCGAGGUCAAGUUCGACGACAAUGCUGUGGUUUUGGUCGACAAGCAAGGCCAGCCUAUCGGUACCAGAGUUUUUGGUCCUGUGCCCCAUGAGCUCAGGCGGAAGAAGCACGUCAAGAUCCUUACUCUCGCCGAGCAUAUUGCCUGAAUAUUUAGUUGUUGUUUUAGAUGUUAUAGAUAGUUUGAUUUUUCGCUUCCAUGCAUCUGUGGAUGGCUCUGUUUCUGGUUAAUCGUCAAGCUGUUUACGGCAGAGCAGAACCAUGCACUUUGUUUACAUAAAAUCGACGAGAACUUUCAGCGAGUGUAGUUUCCUCUACUUCCAGAUCAAUCGGAAAAGUUUAUGGUUUAUGGUUCAAAGAUAACUAUUAUAGAACUGCUGGUUAAUUGUUGAUGGAAUUGUUAAUUCAUUAUAACCUAAAUACACUAAUUUAGGAUUGAAGUUAUUAUUAACCAUAAAAAUUUAAAUUCCUGUAAUCCAUCACAAAAUUAAAUGCUUUAUACUUUU